UCAUCGUGACAGUAUGUGUCAAAAAAAUAUUUAAGUUGAGUAAAAUAAAAAAUGCCUAAAAAAUCGAAAGGAGGAAAAAGUGGUAAAAGUAGUACAACAGCAGAAGGAGAUCCUAAACACGAAGAAUCAAAGACAAAUUACAAAGAAUUGAUAGCUGCAGAUCCAAACUUUCACUGUGAUACAGGAAAAUUUAAUUUUCCCAACGGAGAUAAAUAUGAGGGAGAAUAUUGCGCACAUAUCAGUGGGCUUAUAUGGAGGCAGGGUAUAGGCACUUAUACAACUUUGGAUGGUCAGGUGUAUAUUGGAGAAUGGGAUGGAGACAAGUUGGUAGAAUCGACAGAUGUAGAAAUUAGAUUUCCUGAUGGAACGAAGUAUAUGGGUAAUUUACUUAAUGGAAAAUAUUCUGGUACAGCUAUCUAUCAGCUGCAAGAUGACGUUCCACUGAUUUGUAAAUUCGUAGAUAACAAGCCGGUAGAAGAAAUAGCCCUAAUAGAUCCAAAUGGCAAAGCAUGGCAUGUUUUUUUUAUAUCUUUUAUAGGAUUUGCAGAACAAGACGAAAGUCUGUUAAUUCAGGAGCAUGCCUUUUAUCGCAACAUCGGCAAAGAUCUUGGUAAGGGAGGAGCGAAAAUUAAACCCGUCGUCACUGAAAGUAAAUCAAGAACCAGUUCAAAGAAAUCCGAAAACUCUAGUCAAGGUUUAAAAUACAGUGACGUCAGAGAAUAUGAAAAAGAAUUAUUCGCCAAAACAAAAAAGACGCCCUCGAACUUGGAAUUUGAAAAAUCCGAUUGGUACAUGGAAUAUGUGACGUAUUGCGAUACGUAUGGGGAAAUCUUAAAGAAAGUAAAAACCUUGGGCGAGAAUGCAUUGGACGCGGAACAAUUUGACUGGUAUAAGAAAUAUAAGAACUUCGAAAAGAACUAUAUGCAGAACAUAAGAAAUCGAAAGAGUAAAGGAAAAAAAUCUAAAUUGUUGACGGAAGAUAGUAUUAAACUUUUUGAUCAAAUACAUUCUUGGAAGUCUACAGAUAGACCGAUUCCUGUAUUUUACCCUCAUACUCAGGAUGAUUUAAGUGAUGGCGAUUGUAGUUCAGCUUGUGAAUGUGAAGAUCAGUAAAGACUUAUACAGAUGUAUAUAUUAUGAGGCAAAUAGAUACUUAAGGCCAUUACUUUGCAGGAUUUAAAAAAUUAUUUAAUGUAAUACAUUUUAAUUGCUUUUCUGGUCAUUAUACGAAUAAAUUAUAAUAAAUUCAAA